CUCAAAGACAGCCAUGUCGGAUUUGGAAGAUGAAGAAAUGACAUGUUGCGAAUAUGUCAGGGAGGAUGGGGAAGUGCGCCAUAUCCUGCAGUGCUUCUGCGAGUGCAACGACCUGGAUAGCCUGGCGGAUGACUGCAUCAAAUCCUGCUGUGAGGGACGCAGGCUGCAGGGCCCCGCCUUGCGGGACAAGCUGCGCCGCGUUUGCCGCAGUGCGGCCGAGCGCGCACGGCUGCCGUGGCCCGGCGGCGCGGCGCCGUUGCCGUGGCCCGGGGCCUGGGCGGCGCUGGGCGUGGCGUGGAUGAUGAGGAGGUGCAUGGAACUUUCUACCUGGUUACCCUGGGUAGCCUGCUGGCUGUUGCUGGGUGCUGGACAUUUGGUUGGAAUCCAUCUGCUGUGUUUGACUCUACCCUUGAGGUCAGAGUACCUGGUCGCCUGGGUCUUGCUUUCGAUCAUGGGACUCUAUGAUGACUACCUGCAUCUCGUCUAUCCGCACCAGCCAUGGCUCUGGUUCUGUCUCAGUCAUCUGCUGUUGCUGGAGGUCUUGUUCUCCUUUGCGGCGUCUGUGUUCUUGAGACCGAAGCAAGACCAGGAUCUCGCCUCCAGCGGUGCAAGUUGGCCCUGUAAAAUCUGUGGGCAUUCGAUCCAUGGACGAGAUCAUCACUGCGUGUGGAUCAACCAAUGUGUGGGUUCACACAACCAUCGCAGUUUCGUGCUGUUCCUCGUGGGUUUGACGCUGCUGGCGUGGGCCUAUGCCUUCAUGUUGUGCGAGGAGUUCGCGAGCGCUCGCGGCCAGGUGUCGCUGCCAGAUCUCUGGGCCUCGUUGUGGAGCGCACAACGAAUCCCGUGCCAUGCUGUGGAUGGCCAUGGGCAACCUUUGGAGGGAGCCAUUUAUGCCACUGCAGGAGGCAUUUUUACCAUGGUUUUGCUCAUUGCGCAGGUGGUCUCCAUCAGUACUGGGCUCACAAACCAGCGCCGUGGAAAACCUCGGAUACGAAAUGCUAUCCAAAAUUGGAUAACUUGGGCAAAAGCCUGAAAAACA